GAAUUAGAAAAUGAGAUGUGUAAGACGAUGAAGAUCUCCUUUAUUUUCGGCAUCAACAUGCGGCUUCUGGAUAACUGAUCGGUCGGCGGCAGGGAGGUUUCCGCACACCUUCAUAAUGCUCCUGGAAGUUCGACCAGAGGAAAGGCACAUUUCUAUUACAAGAAUGACAACGGAGUGUCCGCUUUGGAAGGUGAAUUGGAAGGGCAUCAUUAUGCUCUACCAUGAGCAACGAAAAUUUGUGCCCUACAUGCCCUAGAAGUGCUCAAGAAGUACGACAUGCUCCCACUCUUCAAAACCUCCAUUGUUAGGCUUCACAAGUGUCUACCCAUUGCAUUGGCUAAGAAUGAAUGUGGGGUAACUUUGAAGUAUUUCACCCUGAAGGAACUCAAGAAGGUCAUCUUGAAAUGCGAUGAUGAUGAUAGGAAUGAUAUUGAGAGUAGUGCCAAGAUACGCUCAAAGAUUGCCUAUGAUGUGUCGAAGAUGUUGGUAAAUAAACCAUCUCCAGUUACUGUUGAGGUGAAGAAGGAAGAUGUUGAAGCUGCUGCGAUGCAGCAACCGGAAGCAGCUGUUCAGCAGAAUUACAAUAGCAGGAGAGUUAAGAGCAAAAGCCGGAGCAACAGGGGAAACAAGUUGAGGAAAAAGGAGAACGUAAUAAAGUAAAGGAAGCUGCUCAGGAGGUUGUUGAAACGCCCUGUGUACCUGAGAUGCAGGGAGAAGAAGCCAAACCGGCUGUUAUGCUAGUUGUGAAGCAAGCAACAACGGAGAAGGAGCGAACAGUUGUCUUCUAUCGUGAUAUCAUGGGCAUAACGAGGACAAUUAAGGAGAACCUCCAGGAAUUGGGUAAGCAGCAAACAAUUCUGGACAGGCUGAAUUCUCUAAGUGCGAUUAUUGUUGUCGAUUACUUCAAGACUAUUCUCUAUACCAUCGUGUUAAGGGUGUUACCUUUCGACCUUUCCUGGCGGAACAGGGCUUCGUUAUGAGAAAGUUACAGGACUUACAGGACAUCUGGGGGAAGGAGAAGCGCGAUGGCAUCAGGGUGGCCGUUGCGGAACUACGGGAACUCAAGGAGGAUGACACGACGUAGUUAACGGAUCUCCUUGAUUGUCAUUUUGAUUCAGAGAAGCAGCUAAUUAAGCCAUUGUCCAGGAAGACCAACAAGAGGCGCUUCCAUAAGAGACAAACUUCGAGAAUUUCAUCAAAAAGCGAAAUAUUCAAAAGGGAAAUAAUCAACGAGAGACAAUCAGCAGCAUCACAAUGGUGAGAAAAAAAGAUCUCUUUUUAAAGGUAAUUCUUAAAAUAAAAAUCGUCUUCAAAUAAA